AUGAUGCUCUUCCUUCUGGUGUUCGAUCUCCUUGUGUUUGUGGAGCGCGGUCAUGCUGGAGGGGUGCUGGAAGCUGCAUCAGCUGAACAAAACGCUACACGGUUGGCCCGGGAUGAAGCCGGAAAUUCCACCAACUACGCCACCUUCGACCCUAACGUGAAAAUGGAGCUGAAUUCGGACGGAAGGAUUGUCAUUAAAAUCGCGCACUUGGGUGCUGUUGGAGUGAUGCCGAACGACGACAAAAUCGUUGAAGUGGCUCGGGAGCAGCUGAUCGACGAGGGAAUUCUGGGCGAUGAUAUAGCGUUUGAAUUCGUCUCGCGUGCCACGUGUUCUGAAGCGUAUGAAGGCGUUGCCGUGGCGGCGGAGAUGUUCCACGUGCAGAAGGCGCGAGCCUUUAUUGGGCCUUAUUGUGCGACAGAACUCGAAUCGGUGGCCAAGAUGGCUACGUUUUGGAAUAUACCUCUGAUUUCUUACGGAUCGACGUCAAGCGGAAUGUCUGAUAAAGCCAUCUACAAGACGUUGGCCCGGAUCUCCAGCAAAAAUACAGAAGCUAUUUCGGAAGCGACAGCCGCCCUGCUGCGCCAUUACAAUUGGACAAGGAUAGCAAUCGCGUCGAACACCGGAUCGAUGGCCUACGAACGGGUGGCGGUUUUUGAGGACGUGCUGCACCGGCACGGCGUCAGCGUUGUCAAGAAGGUGCUUUUUGACGAGAAUGGCGACGCGAAUCAGAUGAUAGGCUCCGGGUUGCUGGAAGAGUUGGCAAACAGCGCAAGGGUGGUGAUUUGCCUCUUCUCGUCGACUCGAGAGCUGUCCAAGGAAUUUAUGCAGGCCACCUACACGCUUGGAAUGAACAACGCCGAAUGGGCCUAUAUUCUGCCGUGGAUCCAAUCCGGGCCCAAGGAUACUUCUCCAUGGAUUGGGGCCGACGGCGAGAUGUUGCAGCGAGUCAAGGACCACUAUGCGAAUGCGAUUAUUGUAGAUGACGUCAACGGGUUUGACGACUCGGUUGUGGAGAACUUCCUACAGCGCAUCGAGAGGCACAACAUCAAGAGGGAGGAUUUGGACGUGGUAGAG